CCGAACUACCUGACAAGGAAACAGACAAAGAGGGUUUCGAGUUAGUUGAGCGACACAUGAUCCAUGGGCCUUGUGGCAACCAGCGACCUCUAUCACCAUGUAUGGAAAAAGGAGAAUGCACGAAGAACUACCCCAAACCAUACUCAAGCCAUACAAAGAUCGACAAAUCGGGUUUUGUUGUCUACAAGAGGCGCGUUAAUAGCAGAGCCUCUGUUUUCAAAGGUGAUAUAGAGUUAGACAGUCGAUACGUGGUGCCUCAUAACCUCUCUAUCAUCAGAAAAUACAAAGCACACAUCAAUAUUGAGUGGUGCUGCAAGACAGGGGCUAUCAAGUACCUCUUCAAAUACAUAACUAAAGGGGUUGACCGAGCUAUGGCUCUACUUCAGCAGACUGGAAGUCAAGACAGAGCAGGGCUAGAGAAAAAAAAAGAACACCUAGAGAUGGAUGAGAUUGAUAGAUAUCUGGAAUGUCGAUACAUCUCAGCGUGUGAAGCAUCGUGGCGUCUGUUUUCUUUCCACGUUCACCACAACCAGCCUUCUGUUAUGAAACUCACAUUGCAUCUGCCAGGCAAGCAAAGGUUGGUUUACGAUCAGAAUAAAAGGCUAGCGGAAGUUCUGUCACAGGAGGAUAUUGAGAAGACAAUGUUGACAGCAUAUUUUGUGGCAAACCAGACCUAUGAAGAAGCAAGGGAACUCACGUACAUCCAGUUUCCUGAGCACUUUGUGUACCACAGUGACAAUAAAACUUGGACACCACGGAAACAAGGGGCAGCUAUAGGCAGACUCGUCUACGUACCUCCAACUGCAGGAGACAAGUACUAUCUCAGAAUCCUUCUCAACGUGGUCAAAGGCGCUUUCGGUUAUGAUGACCUCUACACAGUAGGUGGUACAAAAUUUGAGGAGUUUCGUGAUGCUUGCUUUGCGCGUGGUUUGCUAGACGACGAUAAAGAAUGGCAUGAUGCAAUAGUUGAGCCCUCGCACUGGGCUACAGGUCGCCAACUAAGGAGCUUAUUUGUCCUAAUCUUGCUUUACUGUGAAGUUGGAAACCCACUGGAACUUUGGAAUCAUACCUGGAAGCUUUUGGCUGAAGAUAUUCUAUAUAUGAAACAGAGAGAAUUCAACUUUCCGGGUUUAAUUCUUCAAGAUCAGCAGCUGCAAGAAUAUACAUUGAUAGAGAUCGAACGGCUCCUCAAAGAGAAUGACAAAUCUUUAGCUGAUUUCGCUGGAAUGCCUAAGCCAAACCCAAGUGUUCUUAAGGAAAUCUCAAACACCGUUUUGCGGCAAGAGCUGAAUUAUGACACUGAGAAAGAAGCUAUUGAGCAUGAGAGACUGUUUAGCGACAUGAAUGAAGAUCAAAGAACCGUUUACAGUGCUGUGAUUGACUCCGUUGAUAACCAAUCUGGUCAGUUGUUCUUUGUCUAUGGUGCUGGAGGGACUGGAAAAACUUUCUUAUACAGGACAAUUAUAGCAAAACUAAGAUCAGUUGGUAAGGUCGUCAUCCCUGUUGCAUCAGCAGGCAUUGCAGCUUUACUACUACCAGGAGGUAGAACAGCUCACUCCCGUUUCAAACUUCCUAUAAAUUUAACGGAUCAGACAGUGUGUGAGAUAACGCCUAGCUCUAUGUUAGCGAGUCUUCUUUCAAAGGCUGACUUAAUCAUAUGGGACGAGGCCCCUAUGGCUCACCGCCAGGCAUUUGAAACUCUCGAUCGCACACUUAGGGACUUACAAUCGCUACAAGAUCCAUCAGCAGCUAAUAAACCUUUUGGAGGGAAAACGGUUGUUCUUGGUGGUGAUUUUAGGCAAAUUCUGCCGGUCAUACCUCUUGGCUCUAGACAAGACACAGUUAAAGCUUCGAUCAGCAAGUCAUACCUCUGGCCAUUUGCUGAGGUUUAUACGUUAACCAUCAACAUGAGACUGAGACAAGCUGACAAGGACUUUGCGGAAUGGAUUUUAAAAGUUGGUAAUGGAACAGCACCCACCGUGAUGACAGAAGGAAGAAGUCAUGAUGAUGGCGAGCAGGUUAUAAUAGGAGAUGAAUUCAUGUUACCAAGAUCUGAUCUUCCUCACAAGUCUAUAUCAGAUGCUGCGUACCCGGAAUUUGUUAAGAACUACUUGAACCGUACGUACUUAACAGAGCGAGCUAUCUUGGCUCCAACAAACGCCAGUGCACAUGAAAUAAACUCAUACCUUCUGUCUAAGGUACCUUCUGUAGAAAGAGAAUUCCUGAGCUCAGACAGUGUCGCUUUUGAGAGCACCCCCGAAGAUGACUGGACCAAUAACUACACUCAGGAGUACUUAAACUCACUUGAGUUCCCAGGUUUGCCGCCACAUAAACUCUGUCUGAAGGUUGGGUCUCCAGUUAUGAUGCUACGUAACCUGAGCCAGAAAAAUGGGCUAUGCAAUGGAACCCGGAUGAUGAUUUCACGUCUGGGACACAGAGUUCUGCAGGCUGAACUUCUAACAGGUACUCAUGUCGGAGAUAGUGUAUUGAUUCCCAGGAUUCAGCUUUCUCCAACCGACACUGUCUAUCCUUUCACGUUUCGAAGAAGACAGUACCCAAUAAAGCUGUGUUAUGCGAUGACUAUUAAUAAGAGUCAGGGUCAGAGCCUGAAGCAGGUCGCUCUCUAUCUCCCAAGACCUGUUUUCAGUCACGGGCAACUGUAUGUUGCUCUCUCACGAGUCACCUCACCGGAGGGUCUUAAAAUACUAGAUGACACAGAUGGUGCAACUAGAAACAAUGCUGUCACAAAUAUUGUUUACAAAGAGAUUUUCGGUAAUCUCAAGACACGUAAGACACAUACUAGACUUCUCUAAUAAUAAAAAGAUCUAUCCAAUUACCAAUAGCUAGCAACCUUAAAUCGACAUUGUUUGUUUCAGGUACAUCUACGAGUCCUAUACCAGACGUUCAUGUAGCCCAAGAAAGCACUGUUAGAGGAUAGAUCAACGGUUGAAAAAAAAAUUUUAAUUUCAUUUUCCUUUUUUUUUUUGUUAAUCAAAUUAAUUUCCAUACUACAAGUUCUGAUGUAUACAAUGUCAACCGCUUUUAGAUGUUUAAGAGCAAUGACUGCUCAUACCUUCGUUCAUAAUUCUUUCAUAUGUUAAUGACUCCCUACUCGGUCAGAAAUGUUCUGCUUCAAGUAGAAUAUAUUUAAUGGAAUCAUAGGUAACCAAAGUUAUUAGUAUGUACGUGGAACAUGCUACCCAUGAAUAAUUAAUUAAUAAACACCAAAAGAAAUAUACCGUCUGAGAUCAUCACAAUUCUACUUACGUAAAAUGUCAUUACAAGGCUAGAACAUGACUGUAAGCCAGCUUAAGAAAAACAUGACUUCUUCCAUGCAAAUGUAAUAAUUUUAAUAAAACAAACUACAAAACACUCCCAGAGUUAUUUGCAAAGUUAGAAUAUCUAAAUUAUGAUUGUCACAGUAGUCAUUAAGUUCAUGCCUUGUCAAGCACGCUAUCCAACGUUGCUGUAGUACGUACUCGGCCUUUUCGUUUACUAGAGCAUUAAACGUAGCUGCAAUAAGAGUUAAAAGAAUAAAUGAAAAUUUGAAAGGAAUGAACAAAACAAGAAAAAACAUAAUAUGAAUACAACAAUACAAAUAAUGGAUUUUACAACCCCAAUAAAUUAUUUAAUGCCUUUAAUUCCUUUAUAAUAUGUAAAACAACCCAAUAAUAUCAUAGACUACAACACCCUAUAUCACAAUUAUUCCUUACUCAAUAGCAUAACUAUAAGAAAAUAAAUCAAAUAAUCAAUGGAAAACAGAAUAAAAACAAAGCCUCAGUUAGUCCAUUAGAUUCAAAGAAAUUGCAGUUUCUGCCAAGGGAUUCUCCCUGAAAACAGGGUCUCAGCUCCACUGCACCUCGCUUAAUUGGAUUUCCUCAUCGGCAUCAAAACAAACUUAUUCAAGAAUUUUUUCCUUAAAUCAGAUAUACAAAAAUACAAUUUAAAACAAAAAACCAAAACAGUCGUCCUAAGGAUUAAUAGUGAGCAUUAAACUAUUACACCCAUUAUGCUUUAAUUGCUUAUGCGCUUUACUAGCAAUCUAAAUUAAACGAUCAGUUACAGAGUUACACUCAUAGAAUUCAAAAGGCACCCUAGAGAUCUAGAUUCACUAUAAAACUAUCGACAUCUCUUCAUAAAAAACAAAAAAACCCUCAAAAAUAAAGCAAAAUGUCUACUGAAAACAGUUUAUCUGUAAUAGAAUCUCUACCUCAUGAACUCCUUGCUGAAAUUCUUGCCCGGGUUGCUUCAUCUUCUGUUGAAGAUAUAAGCCACUGCUUAACAGUCUCACGGACGAUCUCUUCCGCCGUGCAAGAUGAUCACGUCAUCAAAUGUCUCAACCUCCGUCCACAGGCGAUGAAUCCCAUGCUAACGUUUCAUCGUUACCAGCAUCUUAUGGUGAAGGCUCUCAACAGCAACAAUCCGGCUGCUCAUUACACUGAAGGCAUCAAGCAGUUAUUCGCCUACAACAACAUGACUGUUGGGUUACUUCAUCUAAAAAAAUCAUCUGAAGGUUCCUAUGACAAUGGUACCUAUCUCUAUGGCAUCAUUGUUUCAUGCAUGGGAAACAUUGAAGAAGGAAAAACUAUUUUAGGUACCUUACGGUGGGAGGCAAGCAGACGUCGAACAAACCGUGCUUGGAGAGAAGUGAAGAGGUCACUGAGGUUUGUUUAUGUCAUUUUGAAGCCUGAGUACAGAGCCAGUUUGAAGAACAAUCAGCCACCGCUCACCUGCCACAAGAACGACAAGGACAACAUCUGUCCAAGCUGUUUCCACUACAAAAUGAUGCGGAGAUUUGUCGGAUUCGUUAGGCAAAAUAUCUAAGAAAGACAAAAUUGGUAUCAAGUGUGUAAAGAAGCUACGGGAUAACCACUAUCAACGUUGCGCACAUGCGAGACUCUUUAUUUCGAUUUAGCAUUUGCAUUUCUUUUCCAGCUUUUGAUUACAUUUCGAAUUAUGUUUAAGUUUUCUUUUUUUAAAAACACUUUCUCAUUUUUAAAAUCUCCUAAAGAAAAGACAUUAGAGAAAAAAAAAAAAGCAACCGUUUGACCUCCAUAACCCAGCUCAAUAACCAAAUCGAUUCAAUACAAAGCUAAACUUAACCAUCACAAAUCAGACCAUGCAAAGGUCAAAAGACCCAGCAAAAAAAAAAAAAAAAACUCAUACCGGACGAUGGAGAGAGAUCGUACUGGUCGGAGCGAGAUGUGUUCGGAUUGGAUCCAUCCCCACUAAAGAAAUAUCGGUGAUAAUGAACUCAACCCUAGCUCCGGCGAAAAUUCUCAGAUCGAUCCUCUCCUUCUCCUUCUCCUUCUCCUUCUCCUUCUCCAUCUCCACCCCAAAGGUACGACUGCAAUUGAAAAAAAAAUUACUUCGUACGUCACCUACCCUAUCGCACGUGCACAGCUAAAUCACAAAUAUUCUCUCAAUCCCUUUUGGGCUCGGCCCAAAUAAAAAACGAGAUUUAGUUGUGUAUUCCUAUACAAUUUUUUUAAAAAACUAUGGGUUCCCUAUUAAUUAUUGGUAAGUAAUUAGGACCAUCUAUAAUCAUAUAAUAUCAACUAAUUACCUUUUCAUAAUCCGAAGAGAAUUUCCUCAUUUGCUGUUGUAUGUGAAUGUAAAACAAGAUUCAUUCAAAUAUCUUAACUUAUUUAUUAUUUCAUCUUUCGCAAAAUAACAAAAAAAAAAAUUGUCUUUUUGAUCCAAAAAAUGAGCUUCUCUUUUAUACGUAGUCCACUACUAACUAACAUACUAUGGGUUAAUGGUCAAUUACCACAAAAUAUCUAUAUCUCCUGUUUAAAAAGGAAACGAGUGAUGAUUUCACUUCUCUUGACCCAUCAUAUGCUACAAUGGCUGCCAUGUCAAGGCCACCUAUAUAUCUUUAUCUCAUCACUUUCAAGUAUAGCAAACUUAAAAUAUGCUGUUAGUAAGUAUAACCACAUUGACUUUCCUAAAUAAUAAAAAAGGAUCAAUCAUACAUCAGAUUAGCGAUUCUCCGUAUCACAACAUUAAUUUAUUAAUAGUUCAUGAAAUUAAGAAAAUUACCCGAGUAAAAAAACACAAAAAUCACACUUAAUAGCCCUACAACCUAUCUAAAACCCUAGCCUACUCUAGCUAUAAAAUAUCAUUCAACCCAACCACAAAAUCAUAAAAAAGCAAAAAAAACUUCUUAAGCCUUCCAAUGGCUAGAAAAAGAUCACUCUUAAAGCUUGAAUUACUCCCAAUUUUCAUCCAGAUACAAAUACUUCUCUUUCUUGCUAAAGACUCAAUCGAAGCAUUCCACAAUGUCCUCACGGCAUUCCCUGGUCUUGGCACAGCUGCGCAGAGCCCUUUGGUCUUAAAACACCUAAAUCUCCGAUCUCUUACCGUGCAAUCACUAUCAUCGCUUACCGUGUACCAAAAUCUGAUGAACCUUUGCGUUUUGGCUGGUAAUUUGGAGGCGCAUUACUUACGUGGGAUGCAGGAAUAUUUCCAAAACGAGAAUAUAACUGAUGGGUUGGCACUUCUCCAGAUUGCAGCACAAGGUUCGUAUGAUAAUGCUAUCUACCUUUAUGGAAUAAUUAUGUUAUGUAGAGGAGACCCAGAUAUCGGGAAACCACUAUUAGAUUCACUUGGAUGGAGAGAAAAUAAAGCACGGUCCGACGCUUGCUGGCAAAGUAUCAAAACAUCUCUCCAUGGAGUAAGAGUCAAAAGGUUUGAAAUUUACAUCACAAUUUAUAGGGCCACCAGGCCUACAAUAAAUUGUCACAGAAACGACAUUGCUAUCCGAUGUGAGACAUGUUAUUAUUUUAAGCAGAUGAAAAAAUUUGUUUUUAUUAUCUAAACAAAUAAUGUAACUGCUGUAGACCCUAUAUCAACUCCAAUAUUAUAAAAUUUAAAUAAAGCUUCUCUUA